AUGUGGAGGUUUGUUCAGGGUGUGAGAACUUCACUGUGGAAGUUAUUUUUACUGCUGCUGGUGAUGAGAGGACUGGUGAGUGGAGCCUCUUUCUAUGGAGAUGGUUUUGUACAGCAGAAAACUGUGGAGUCCUCCAGUAAAAACUCCCUCCAUGUGCGCUUUCGGACCUCCAGCCCCAGUGGAUUACUGUUCCUGGCUACGGGGGAGACAGAUUUCCUCUGGGUGGCGUUACAGUUUGGACAUAUUCAGGCUCAGAUGGACUUUGGAUCAGGAGAACGAACCCUAUGGUCAGAGAAAGGAACUCUUCUGAAUGACCUAGCCUGGCAUUCCAUUGAACUCCAACAUAAUGAGCACAACGUCACGUUGACAGUCGACAAAACCUCUCAUAGCAGUGUGAGGAUGCCAGGCCCUGACCUGGAGCUUAGUAUUCAGGAUGGACUCUAUGUUGGUGGGCUUGAUAACCUGGAUAAACUCUACCUGUUAAAUGAGAUGUCCCAUGUUGGCUUUCGAGGCUGUUUAGAUGAGGUGCUCUUUAAUGAACACAAUCUCCUAUCAUCCUUAAGACCUUAUUCUGGGUAUAAAACGGUCCAUGAGGUCUCAUUAGGGUGCAGCCCUCAGUUUUCUGGCACUAUCAAUGACUCCAUCAGUUUCUUCAGUUCCAAAGCGUAUGUGUCUUUGCCUACAUGGGAGGUGCCUCAGGAAGGGAUGUUUGAGUGUGAGUUCCUUACAUCAGCUGAAGAUGGACUUCUGUUAUACAGCACUGCAGGAAAAGGGGACUAUGUGGCACUGGAGAUACGAAACAAGCACCUUAUUGCUGUGCUCAGAGUAGGUGGUAGCAAGACAACACUGUCAUCCAUAACAGCAGUGAACACAGGGGGCUGGCACUCUGUACAACUCUUUGUAGCCCCAAGGACACUUCAUUUGACCAUAAAUGAUGAGAUGUUAAAUUCCAGCUUUGGAGUAAAGUCUCAAACUCUCCAGCUUAACGGACCCCUCUUCUUGGGUGGGGUGGAUGCUGGGACAUAUGCAGAGGUUCGCAGGAAUGGCUUACUCUCUGUCGUUGGAAAGCACAUAGGUGGAGGGUCCUUUAAAGGCUGUCUUAAAAAUAUCAAAAUCAAUGACCACACUGUGGGUCUGCCUAAUGCUUUGGUCACCAAGGAUGUCUCUGUUGGUUGUGAGCCAGUUAAACAUGUCGCUCUGAUCACAACCACAACUCCUGAGAUUCUUCAGCCAUACACAUCUCAAUCAGUUCAACAAGACAAGAAACACCUUAAGACCUUUUUAGUACUCAAAGACUUGGAGGUCCUGGAGGGUGGACGAGCACCUCUUGAGGCAAAGCACAUCAAGGUGAACUUAGAUUUUCACAAGCUUAAGAUCCAUCAAUCCCAGAUUAUAUUUCGCAUUGAGGAGCAGCCAGUCCAUGGACAGCUGAGGCUUGAUGUUGACUAUGCUGGUCAGGAAAAUACCUUCAGCAUGUUGGACCUUUGGUAUGGCAGAAUUAUGUAUGUCCAUGGAGGCUUUGAAGAUUCUCAGGACUUCUUUAUGUUUUCUGUUUUUACCAGCACCAAGAAAGAGGUGCCUGGUUAUCUAAAUGGAAACCGCUUGCACAGGUUUAACAUCACCGUCAUGCCAAUCAAUGAUACCCCAGAGCUCAGCCUUCCUGAGGGGAACCACUUUAUUCUACUUAAGAACUCCAAACGACCUCUGACCACAGACAUGCUCAGGGCUACCGACCCUGACACUAAUGCCACAGACUUGGUUUUUACUCUGCUUGGUAACCUUACAGCAGAUUCUGGAUUCUUGGAACUUGAAGACAAUCCUGGGAAAGCAGUGAAUACCUUCUCGUACUUAGAUCUAGAGCAGGGUAAGGUUAGUUUUGUCCACACUGGUGUUAAGAACUCUAGGAUGGCCAUCAGGGUGAGUGAUGGGGAACACGUAAGCAAUAUGGUUAUUAUAAGGAUUAUGGCUGUCACAUUGGAACACAAAAUUAUAAACAACAGGGGAAUAGAUGUGAUCCAGGGUGAAAGUUCCAAUAUUGGUAUUAGACAUAUAGCUGUGCAAGUAAACAUACCCAAGCAGGCAGUGGAAAUUCGUUAUGAUGUAACAGAGCUGCCGAUUUAUGGCGAGUUGCAAAGGUUGCAUUCCAGUGGCGAGUGGAAGCAGACCAGCACCUUCACACAGAAACUUCUGGAAAAAGAGCGACUCAGAUACCUUAGUACUUUCAAAAGAACCCAGUUAAGGAAUCUUACAGACAGCUUUAAGUGCAAAAUCAGUAUUGGUUCUGUAUCUGCAGAUGAAAUUCUUGUUCUGGUAAGAGUCAAAUGGAUUCAUUACAAAGUGACAAGGAGUAAGAUGGAGGUAGACAGUAACACAAAAGUCACAAUUACCCCUCAGGAAUUUAAGAUAGUAUCUAAAGGUUUAAAAUUGUCGGAGGAUGAUAUUCACAUACGCUUGCUGAGUUUACCAAAGAGGGGGUCUUUGCUUUUGAAUGAUGAGCCCCAAAAGAAGAACUCCACCUUUAGUCAGAGGGACAUCACAAAUCACAGCCUGCACUAUAAGCUCUUUGAAAAAGCACUCGAAGACUUGAAAGAUGUGUUCAGCUUUCAGGUUUUUUCAAAACACUCCUUCUCUGAGAAACAUGACUUCAGGAUUAAUAUCAAAGCAAAUGUUGAUAAAAUAGUCCUGAGAAAUAAUGGACUUUACCUCUUGGAAGGGCACAGUAGGGUCAUAACCAAGAAUAUGCUUUUUGUGGAGACUCACAGCAACAGAACUGUACACUAUUCCAUCAUGAGCAGCCCUCAACAUGGCAAAUUAAUAAAGAUAAACAAUUCCAGUUCCAACACCAGUGGGAACAGUAUAGUAGAGUUCUCAAAUCAGGACAUUCUAGAGGAACACAUUUUGUACAUUCACGACAACAGUGAAACCACAUGUGAUGCCUUUACAUUUUGUGCCUCUGUGUCAUCGCUAAAAGACCAAGCUCUAAUAACCACAAAGGGCAUCUACAACAUCUCCAUCCAGUUGGUCAAUGAUGAAAAACCUGUCCGUGUUGUUGAUAAAGUAUUCCAUGUUGUCCGUGACAGCCAAAAGCUUUUGACCUUGGAGGAUCUUUGUUACCAUGACCCUGAUUCAGACUAUGAUGAUGGACAGUUGCUUUAUACCAGGCGGGGAAUCCCAGUGGGUGAGCUAGUCUUGGUAAACAACACAUCCCACAAGCUUUAUCAGUUCCGUCAGAGAGAUCUUGAAGAAAAGCGGGUGUUGUUUAUACACAAAGGUGUGAGCUACGGGCGCUUUGUCUUCUUCGUAUCCGAUGGCAAGCAUUAUACCUCAAGCCUUUUGGAAGUUAGUGCCCAGGAUCCAUAUUUAAUAGUGGCUAACAACACAGGUCUACUAGUCAAGAAAGGCCAAAAUGUAAUAGUGCGCUCUACCAACUUCAGCGUGACCACCAACAUGGAUGUUCGAAGUGACGAAGAUGUGCUGUUUGAGAUAUUUCUUCCCCCAUCUCAUGGUACUUUACUGUGUGAUGGAAUAGAAGCAGAUGCUUUUACACAGUAUGAUCUGAAGGCAGGACAUGUAGUUUACAGUCACGAUGACAGCAGAAACCUUAAGGACUCCAUCAGUCUUACAGCUACGGUAAAUGGACUGCGUCUGGAUGUGACCGUGGGAGUAAAAGUGUACCUUGAAAGCCAUCAGCAGCCUCCACAAGUGACACACAACAGCACUGUAGUUGUGGAAGAAGGAAAACCAGUUCAGAUUAGCAAAGAGCAACUUGAGCCAGACACUAAUGACUGUAUCAGAGUUAUGGAGGUCGGCAGGGUUUAUUGCCAUUGCAGAAAUGUGGUGAAACCUCUGCUUUCUGGUCAUGUAAUUUGUUUUGUUGUACCACUGGAUGUUUUAAACAUAACCGUAAAGGAGGGAUCUUCAAAAGCCUUAACUCAAGAAGUCAUUAAAAUCAGCAGCCAUCACUUCAAAGGGCUCCACUUCCUGUACCAUGUGAUAGAGGGUCCACAUCAUGGUCGUAUAGAGCACUCCAGGAUACCUGGUGUUCCUAUCCCAUCUUUCACCAGUUUGCAGGUUGAAAACAAGUUUAUAUUCUACAUCCAUGAUGGCAGUGAGACAACGACAGAUAAUUUCACACUCAUUGUAAACAACACAGACCUCCACAAGCAGAGCAUCCCUCAUGUUCUACAUGUGACUAUAACACCUGUAAAUGAUGAAGCUCCCGUUGUGACUGCCAACAGGAUCCUAAAGGUAUGGGUGGAUUCUGUUACUCAAAUCACCACUGAUGACCUCAGUGCUACUGACCUUGACUCUCCUCCUGAGAGUCUGGAGUUCAUUAUAACUCCCCCGAGCAAUGGACACCUGGCCCUUAAGAGCGCCCCCUCUAGACCCGUCCUGAAUUUCACCCAGGCUCACAUCCAACACGGCCAGCUGGUCUUCGUACAUACCGGUGCCAUGUCUGGUGGAUUCCACUUUCAGGUCAAUGAUGGAAAAAUUUUUGCACCAAGGCAAAUCUUCAGCAUCACUGCCAGAUCUUUCGUCCUCAGCCUAGAGAGGAACUGUGAACUCAAAGUGUUUCCAGGUUCCUCAGAAGUCAUUUCUGAAGCUCACUUGUUGAUUGUCAGCAGUGACCAUGAUGACAUUGAUGGGAAUCACACUAUUGUUUAUUCUGUCACCUCUCCGCCGAGACUGGGCAGACUGGUCUGCGUGCAGGAGGACGAUUCCACAGACAUGAAGCCAAUAUCCACAUUCACUCAAAACAUGGUUAAUGCUGGUGUGGUUGUAUAUGAACAAACUGAAUCAGUUGGAUGGACGACAAGAGACUCCUUCAUCUUCACUGUGUCUUCACCCCCUGCCUCCAUCCCAUCUCACACAUUCAACAUCCAUAUCUCCUAUGAUAACACCGGCCCGGAACAUAGAAGUGUUCUACUCGUCAACACAGGUGCUGCUGUCCCCGAAGGCGGUCAAGUCAGGAUUAAAAAAUCUAAUCUGGAUGCAUCAAAUCUUUUGGUUAAGUUGCCAAUAGAAGAGCGUCACACAUAUGAGAUCUGGUUUCGAGUCACUACACUACCACGCUGUGGGACCAUUGUCGUAGGUGAUCGGAACCUGACCAAUGAGAAGCCGUACUUUUCCCAGUUGACCCUUAGCAAAUAUGGCAUUGUGUACGUGCAUGAUGACUCAGAGACCUUUUUGGACAGUUUUAGUUUUGAUGUGUGGUUGAAUCCCAAGGGGAAACAUGUUCAGCAGUCCCAGGAAACUGACCUUAUGGUCUCAGAGACUUUCAACAUUACAGUGACCCCGGUUAACGAUCUGCCUCCUUUACUUAGAACCAAAGCGCCGGGUGUUUCGGUGGUCGAAGGAGACACUGUCACUUUAGGUCCUGAUAACCUUCAUGUAGAAGAUGGGGACACUUUACCUGAGGACAUUUAUUUCACCAUGAUAAGCAAGCCCAACAAUUGGUAUCUGGCCUUGGAAGGUCGGUUUAAUGAGUCUUUAGACAAUUUUACCCAGGCUGAUGUGAAUAAACAAAGAGUACACUUUGUUCAAAAUGGGUCUCCAUCUUCAGAAAGGAUCUACUUUAGCAUAACCGAUGGUUCACAUACACCACUCUACCAUGUGUUCAACCUUGAAGUUCAGAAUAUCACCCUGAAUGUGGUAAAUAACACUGGUUUAACUCUUUUACAAGGACAGACUGAAGGAAUCAUAACACUUGAGCACUUGGCAGCAGUGACCAACAAGAGAAAUGCAACUAUAAAAUACUACAUAACAACACCAUGUCAUGGAAGGCUCCUAAAAAUGGACAAGCAGGUCACACAUUUUGUUCAGGAGGAUCUUAAGUCUGGCAGAGUAAAGUAUCAAAUGACAGAUUUAUCCUCAUCAUGGGAUCGUUUUGAGUUCUCAGUUCUUACCACUGGUAACAACUUGACUGACCAGGUCUUUAAUGUAAUAGUCAGGCCACUGAUUCAGCUUAAAGAACACAUCCAAAUUCCUGCAGGUAUCUCUGUAAAGUUAGAGAGGGAUGUUCUAAAUGCCACUGAGCUGGCUUCCAUCACCGACAGUGACCCCAUCUUUGAAAUUAUAGUUCCUCCGAGACAUUUCCAGUUGGUAAAGGUGACAGCUGAUGGUAAUUCAGAAUCUGUGGAAUCAUUUUCCUUUAGAGAUGUUGAGCAGGGAAGGAUUGCCAUUGAGGAACACAUCAAUCUCAAUUCUGUAGAUGCGCAGAACAAAACUGUAAAUGCAACCGAGUCGUUUGUCUUCAUUUUAAAGGCAGCAAAUGUUCAACCUGCCAAAGGAGAGUUUGUUUUCACAGUCUUACCAUAUGACCCUACUACCACAAAACAUGGUAUUUCAAAAGUUCCUCUGCAGCCAACCAGACUUCCUCUAUUUGACAGAACCACGAAUUAUGUUUCUCUUGUAAACCAGACAUCGCAAAGUAUUUCAACCACGAGAUCACACUGGUUUCCUUCAAAGACCAAGCCAAGGAAUCGGUGGGGUAACCACACUCGAGGCAGAUUCCCAGUUUCCACUGUGCCCAAGUCCACAGCCACUAAACAUAAAAGCCCUCACAAGAACAUUCCAGUCAGGGUAGAGUCUCUACCAAGACCUGCGGCUGACCCCCUGCUGAUAAUCCUACCCCUCCUGGCCUGCCUCCUGCUCAUUGUUAUUCUGGUUGUUUUAAUCCUGGUUUUAAGGCACCAAAGAGAAAAGCGAACCCAGCCAGCUGUGAUAGAGGUUCAUCCUGAGAACUCUACAGAGGACCUGGUUCCCCAGAGUCCUUAUCUUGGAAAGCCUGAGAGAAGCAUAACUGUCCCCUCUGUUGUAGUGACCCCACUUACCCAGAGAUGCCAAAGAGGCCCUGUCCUAGAUGCAACACAUAAUGGAUCACUGCUACCAACAAUAGCACUUCCUGACUCUUCAAUGCUCCAAUGGACUUCACUGGACUCAGAAGGAAGUCAGCAGUGCCCAUCUGGCACACCAAAUCUCAGACCAAAUCAAUACUGGGUUUGA